AAUCUGUUCUGGGAAAUGCCACGACUCUUCACCGCUGGUGACAACAUUAAGGAAAAUCAUUCUCCCUCUUUUCCUCUCUAGAAAAUUCUCGGGGUUUUCUUAGAGUAGGGCCCCCGGGAGCCAGUGAUAGGGAGGUGGGCGGUUAACGGUGUCGCCCAGAGACCGAGCGAUGAGCUCAGCCCUGCACACCAGUGUUCAGACAGUUACACAGGAAAUUUCACAACAGGCUUCCUUUCCACCUAAGCCUGAGUCGUAACCGUGGUUGUCCGCUCGGAGGUGGAGUUUGCAGAAUUUGCAUUCGGAGAUGGUCGUGCCAGCCGGCGGGCCACCCAGCGGGGCGGCCACCCUUGCAACGUUUGCUGGAGAGAUGGAACUGGAAGGGCAGCCGUCUGCUGCCAGCAAGCACUUUCUCAACCACUCUGGGUGGCCAGGGCUUGCAAGCUGGUGGCUGGCCCCCUGAGUCCUGGGCUCUGAGGCACACGGCCGUCGACUUAGGCGUUGGAUUCCGUUACCUGGAGAACCUCUGAGCUCUCACCUGCUACUUCUGCCGCUGCUUCUGCACAGAGCACAGAGCUGGCCCUGCACUCCUGCCCCUGUGCACAGCACACUGCCAUAGGGCAGCCACCACUGGACCAGGAGGAGGAGGGUCCCCGAGGACCCCCUGCCCAGCUUGACGGCUGCUCAGACAAACACCACAAGACCAGCCUCACCCGGGACGUCUGCCCUCCCUGCAGCCACCGCUAGCCCGGGCGAGGACCCCUCCAGGAUGCACGUCCCCAACAGCACCGGCCCGGACAACGCGACGCUGCAGAUGCUCCGGAACCCGACGAUCGCGGUGGCCCUGCCCGUGGUGUACUCGCUGGUGGCUCUGGUCAGCAUCCCGGGGAACCUGUUCUCCCUGUGGGUCCUGUGCCGACGCAUCGGGCCCAGAUCCCCAUCGGUCAUCUUCAUGAUCAACCUGAGCGUCACGGACCUGAUGCUGGCCAGCGUGCUGCCUUUCCAGAUCUACUACCAUUGCAAUCGCAACCACUGGGUGUUCGGGGUGCUGCUGUGCAACGUGGUGACCGUGGCCUUUUACGCCAACAUGUACUCCAGCAUCCUCACCAUGACGUGCAUCAGCGUGGAGCGCUUCCUGGGGGUCCUGUACCCGCUCAGCUCCAAGCGCUGGCGCCGUCGUCGUUACGCGGUGGCCGCGUGCGCCGGGACCUGGUUGUUGCUCCUGGCCGCCCUGUCCCCGCUGGCGCGCACCGACCUCACCUACCCGGUGCACGCCCUGGGCAUCGUCACCUGCUUCGAUGUGCUCAAGUGGACCAUGCUCCCCAGCGUGGCCAUGUGGGCCGUGUUCCUCUUCACCAUCUUCAUCCUGCUGUUCCUCAUCCCCUUCGUGGUCACCGUGGCCUGUUACACGGCCACCAUCCUCAAGCUGUUACGCACGGAGGAGGCGCACGGCCGGGAGCAGCGGAGGCGCGCGGUGGGCCUGGCCGUGGUGGUCCUGCUGGCCUUCGUCACCUGCUUCGCCCCCAACAACUUCGUGCUCCUGGCGCACAUCGUGGGUCGCCUGUUCUAUGGCAAGAGUUACUACCACGUCUACAAGCUCACGCUGUGUCUCAGCUGCCUCAACAACUGUCUGGACCCGUUUGUGUAUUACUUCGCCUCCCGGGAAUUCCAGCUGCGCCUGCGGGAAUAUCUGGGCUGCCGUCGGGGGCCCGGAGACCCCCUGGACACGCGCCGCGAGAGCCUCUUCUCCGCCAGGACCACGUCCGUGCGCUCCGAGGCCGGUGCGCAUCCCGAAGGGCUGCAGGGAGCCCCCAGGCCCGGCCUCAUGAGGCAGGAGAGCGAGUUCUGAGUCCCCGGGGGUGCAGCUUGGAGAGCCAGGGGCGCAUGGAGAGGCCACGGUGCCAGAGGUUCAGGGAGAACAGCUGCGUUUCUCCCAGGCACUGCAGAGGCACCGGUGAGGAAGGGUCUCCAGGUUUCACUGAGGGUGGAGAAACCAGCAAAGCCCAGAGGGGCACAGGGCACUCUGUGAGGCUGCAGAGGGGGCCUCUGCCUCUCUGUGUCGUGCACCAGACAGUGUGUGCCACCAUGACCUGCUAAUUUUUGUAUUUUUUUUUUUAGUGGAGCCGGGGUGUCCACCCCAGAGUUCCUCAGACACUCCUUCUCACACCUGUCCGUCCCCAAGCAUGGACGUUCAACCAGCCCCGCUCCCUCUGCCACUCCAUUUCUGGAUAUAUCCUCCCUGGGUGACCUGCCAGCCCCAUUCCCAGCUCCUCUCCUGGCUGACAUCGUCCCUUAGCUGUGGUUCUGGCCUUCUCUAUUCUCCCCCAGAGGUGCUGGUCUCCUUAGCGUGGUGCACACCGACAUUGCUGUUGAUUUCACUCAGGGCCACUGUGGUGGUUGAGGUUGGAAUUCGUCUUUCAGAGGAAUGAGGACAGAUUUAUAUAUUUCAUCUCUGAUGACUCCAGGAGCACCUGAGGUUCCUGCAAGUCAACUACUCCCGUGUUCCCCACAUCUGCUCCCUGCCCCACCGCACCUGCCAACCUGGAGCUGACCACGAUGAUUCCUGGCACGGUUGUUCUGACCUGGCUUGGAGGGCCCCCCACCCCUCUUCUGCUUCUGUGAAUCCCUGAGAGGGAAGGAGGUCCCAUCAGGCCCCUGGACCACCAUUAGGCCUCCCUGACUCAGGAUGAGGACCUCGGAGGCCCAGGUGUGGAAACGAGGCUCGGUGAGAUGGGUCCCAUCACGCCCCAACCCAAGGACGCAGCUUGAUUCCGGAGUUCCCAGCCUUCUGCCCAUUGUCUGCAUCCUGUUCCCCCGCUGGCGAGUCCAUCCGGGGUCCGGGGAGCAGGCAACUGGCAAGACCUGUGAGACCGUUUGGAGAUCAAGCACCGGACACAGCUGUGGACCCCAGGAACCUGCAGGGGUGUCAGUCGCUGGGCCCCCUCCACGCUGUGUGGGUGGUGAGCAGGCUGUGUGUUUGUCUUCCUUCUUCUGCAUACGGGACGUGCCUGUGCCAGCCCCAAUACCUGAGCUGGUUUAGCGUAAAGAAGAGCUCUGACUCCCCACGGGCGUCCGAACAUCACAGGGAAUUGGAUUCCUGGCUCUGUUGGGUGAGAAACACGGUUCUGGAGGCGGGAAUGGGAGAGCCAGCCAUCUGCCCAGGGGCUCUGUGUCUCCAUAGUGGGUGGCCUCGGAUGCCCAGCCCCUCCCUUCCUGUGCACUGGGGAUACCGACAGAGGCCAAAGCUGCUGUUCAGAGGACCUCUGUUGGUGCCUCUCUCCUGCUAUCACCACCAUGGAAGGAAGACAGAGAUGGCUUAGUCAUGAAUCCAAUCA